UCCUUAUAGCCUGGAAAAAAUGACAGAUCUCGUAGCCGUUUGGGAUGUUGCUUUAAGUGACGGAGUCCAUAAAAUUGAGUUUGAACAUGGGACCACCUCAGGCAAACGAGUGGUAUAUGUAGAUGGGAAGGAAGAGGUAAGAAAAGAAUGGAUGUUCAAACUAGUGGGCAAAGAAACCUUCUGCGUUGGAGCUGCAAAGACGAAAGCAACCAUAAAUAUAGAUGCUGUCAGUGGAUUUGCAUAUGAGUAUACUCUGGAAAUUAAUGGGAAAAGUCUCAAGAAGUAUAUGGAGAACAGGUCAAAAACCACCAAUACUUGGGUAUUACAUUUGGAUGGUGAGGACUUUAGAGUUGUGUUGGAAAAAGACACUAUGGACGUAUGGUGCAAUGGUAAAAGAAUGGAGACAGCAGGUGAGUUUGUAGAUGACGGGACUGAAACUCACUUCAGUGUUGGGACCCAUGACUGUUACAUAAAGGCUGUCAGUAGUGGGAAGCGGAAAGAAGGGAUUAUCCAUAGUCUCAUUGUGGAUAAUAGAGAAAUUCCAGAGAUUCUUGAAUGACUUCAUGAUAGUGAAUUUUAAUCUUAAGAGGUAAAGAUCAAGACUUUUAAAUUACUGUGGUAAUUAAAUAUGUUCAUUAUGUACUUUUCAGUACACUUAGUCUGCCAGGUGUUUAUUUUUUAGUUACUUGAAACUGUAAUAUUCCAAGGGUCAAAAAAAAAAUUAUGUACAAUCAUAAAAAUUGCAAAUCAUUUUGUAAAUAAUAUAAAAUGUUUUAAAGCCAAAUGGAAAAUAAGAUAUGGACCAAAAUCACUCAUGUUUUAC